UUUUUGUGAAUUUGUCUAAGCUGCCCAUCAUACCAAAAUAUCAAUCAUAGAUUAUUCUGCCAAAAAAAAGAAGAGGAAUAUAUAUAUAUAUGGCUAUAAAGGUGGAGAUAAUCUCACAUGAGAUGAUUAAGCCUUCAUCUCCAACUCCAACCCAUCUCAGAAACCUCAAACUCUCCUUCUUAGACCAAAUCGCACCUCCCAUUUAUGUUCCCCUCAUUUUCUUCUACAACCAUCAUCAACUAACUCUCCAAAACCUCACCCACCACCAAAUCUCUCAGCUGCUCAAACAAUCUCUAUCCAAAACCCUAACUGUAUUCUACCCCUUAGCAGGGAGGAUUCACGAAAACUCAUCGAUCGACUGCAACGAUUCGGGCGCUGAGUUCAUCGAAGCUCGUGUUCACACUCGAGCACUCUCAGAAAUCCUACAAGAACCAAGCAUGGAAGAGCUCAAGAAACUCCAGCCAGUCGAGAUAUUAGGGCAAGAUGAGAAGGUGGUGUUGAAAGUGAAGAUCUGUUUCUUCGACUGCGGAGGGAUUUCCGUCGCUAUAUGCCUGUCGCAUAAAAUCGCCGACGGAACGUCCCUCGUGGCGUUCGUCAAUGCAUGGGCCGCUUCAUCCCGCGGCGAACCUCAAAAUUUCCGACCCUCAUUCGAUUUCGCUUCUGUUUUCCCACCUAGAGACCUCUCGGGGUUGGAUUUCACCCAGAGAAUCGGCAUGACAGAGGAGAGAAUCGCGACGAAGAGAUUGGUUUUCGACAAGGAAGAGCUGGCGAAGCUCAGGAAUAGUGAAUCAUCGCAGGUGAAGAAUCCCACUAGAGUCGAAGCCGUCUCUUCCUACAUCUGGCGGCGCUUCAUGGACGCGGCGAAAGACAGAGGCGGCGGCACCGAGACGGCGUCGUUUGCUGCUGUCCAUGCAGUGAAUCUGAGGCCGAGGAAGAGCCCUCCGUUUCCACAGCACAUGUUCGGAAACUGCUGGAGACCUGCGAUCGCAGUGAUGUCCGGAGCGGAGGGGAGCGAUGAGGGCGAGCUGGUGGGUAAGUUGAGGGCUGCGAUAACGAGAAUCGACGGCGAUUUUAUCAGGCAGGUGGAGAAUGGAGAGUAUCUGAAUGUUUUGAGUAGAUCGGUGGAUCUGUUCAUGAAGGGUGGGGUGGAGUUCUGCAACUUCAGCAGCUGGUGUAGGUUUCCGGUGUACGAGGUGGAUUUCGGGUGGGGGAAGCCGGUUUGGGUUUGCACGACGGCGCUGCCGUUCAAGAAUCUAGUGAUUUUGAUGAGCACACCAUGUGGGGAAGGAAUUGAAGCAUGGGUUAACGUUGUGGAGGAAGAUGGUUGAGCAUUUGAUGUGUUUAAUUAUUUAUAAAUAAUUAAGAUGUUAUUGCUUGUAUGUAUGUCUUGAAUAACGUUUGGCUAUAUCAUAGCUAAAAAGAUUAAUGUGUAUUGUGUGUAGCUAACAGUAUGAAGCAAUAAGUAUAGUACUGUAUUGAGAUUGUUUAUUAUAUGCAUGGUAUAUAUAUAUAUGAAUGGUACGUGUUUCUAUUUUA